UAAAUCGCACCUUAUCAACAACACAAAAUACUGAGUUUAGCGUUUUGAUAAAUAAUGUGGCUCAUACCAAUAACAGCUGGUAGAUAUAUUUUAAAUGAAGCAUAGAAUCGAUGUCCAAUGGGUUUAAGAAUCACGCCGUCUUAUGCUUGACAUCCGGGAUUAAGUGCCCACGCCCACUCAAGUUGGAACGCAACUAAAAAGGAGGAGAGCGCUUUUUAAAGCACCCACGUCCAGAAUUGAGUCGUAACUCGCAUUGAAUAAGUGACUCUUAAAACUACAACUCACUUCCUUUUUUCUUUUUCAGAAUAGAACACGAGAACUUCACGACGUAACCCGACAGCUGGAAGGAUCAUUAUGCGAGGGACACUGUACUUCGCAAGGAGCUGUCCGCCAUGCAUUCUGGCUUUGGUCAUACUGUUCACCGUUGCUGUGUCCGGCGAAAGGUCGGUCAUAACUUUAACGAACAACGGAUAUUCAGGCAUAUUGAUAGCAAUAGGCAGCGACGUGCCGGAAGAUUCUACAAUUAUCACCAACAUUCAGGAUUAUUUCACUGAGGCCUCUAAGGCCCUUUUCACCGCUACCAACCGGCGGUCAUACUUUAAAGACAUUACCAUCCUAGUCCCCAAGACUUGGACAAUGACCGCCAGUCCUGCCACCACGGAGUCCUUCGACCGGGCCAACGUGAUUAUCGACAAGGCGAAUCCCAUCUACGGAGACAGCCCGUAUGUCAAGCAAGGCAGCACUUGUGGGAAGCCUGGGGAGCGUAUGCAUCUUACCCCUAAGUUUGUUUCUGACCGAACUUACUCAGAGACGACGUUUGGGCAUAUUGGCGACCCUUGUGCGGCCAUGAACCUGGCCAGGUCGUCGAUGGAGGCUCAAAGGAGACACGGUGGUCGCUUUGAUCGUACACAGGACGAUUAUUUCAUUGAGGCCUCUAAGGCCCUCUUUACCGCUACCAACCGGCGGUCAUACUUCAAAGACAUUACCAUCCUUGUCCCCAAGACGUGGACAAUGACCGCUAGUCCUGCCACAACAGAGUCCUUCGACCGCGCCAACGUGAUUAUCGACAAGGCGAAUCCCAUCUACGGAGACAGCCCGUAUGUCAAGCAAGGCAGCACUUGUGGGAAGCCUGGGGAGCGUAUGCAUCUUACCCCUAAGUUUGUUUCUGACCGAACUUACUCAGAGACGACGUUUGGGCAUAUUGGGUCCAUUGAAGCUACGCGCUGUAACGGUGGCAUAGGAGGGAGACCCAUCCAGGGGUUCAAAGGAGCGAGACCAGGCUAUCCGUGUAAUAAAGAUCCCGUCACAGGCCUCUAUCAGAAAGAAUGCGUGCUGUACCCAGACUUCAGCACCAAAGAAAAGACAUCCAUCAUGUUUUACCAUUUUCUUCAGUCGGUCACCACGUUCUGUGGCAACAGCCCUGACAGCGAGGCUAUAGAUCACAACACUGAGGCUCCAAACCGACAAAACCGCCUCUGUGAAGGCAAAAGUGUCUGGGAGGUGAUACUCGAGCAUCCGGAUUUCAGCAACGGCAGCAACCCAGCCGUGUCCUGGGACAACGAAAACUUCAACACCACACCGUCAUUCACAGUCGUGAAGGAAGUGGAGAGACGCUAUGUCCUGAUCCUUGAUGUUUCUGGUAGUAUGAACAAUACACUGGACCGCGAGGUUUGUUUCUAUACUAUUGUCGGUAAUUGAAAUGGAAAAAGGAAAAUCAUGAACAGCCAG